UGGGAAGUGGGGGGACUGAAGGGAAGUCCCGCCUCUGCCGCGUCGCCUACGCCGCCGAGCAUCUGGCCGGGUCCCGGAGGGGCGGGCGGGUGAGGGCGUUCGUGCGCCGAGACCCCCAGUUUCGACCGUGCGAGGUCUGACUCCGGAGCUGCCAUGAUUGAAGUAGUGGCAGAGCUGAGCCGGGGGCCCGUAUUUCUGGCGGGAGAGGCGCUGGAGUGUGUGGUGACCGUCACCAACCCCCUGCCCCCCACGGCUACUUCUGCAUCCAGUGAGGCUCUGGCUUGGGCCAGUGCCCAAAUCCACUGCCAGUUCCAUGCCAGUGAGAGUCGAGUAGCCUUGCCUCCCCCUGACUCUAGUCAGCCAGAUGUCCAGCCUGACAGCCAGACUGUCUUUCUGCCACACCGAGGUGAGAGGGGUCAGUGUAUUCUUUCCACUCCACCAAAAAUUCUAUUCUGUGACCUGAGGCUAGACCCUGGAGAAUCUAAAUCAUACUCCUACAGUGAAGUGCUGCCCAUAGAGGGACCACCCUCCUUUCGGGGUCAGUCAGUCAAGUACGUCUACAAACUGACCAUUGGCUGCCAGCGUGUCAACUCACCCAUCACUUUACUCAGGGUCCCUUUAAGGGUUCUUGUACUGACAGGCCUUCAGGAUGUCCGGUUUCCCCAGGAUGAGGCUGUAGCCCCAUCCAGCCCAUUCUUGGAGGAGGAUGAAGGUGGAAAGAAGGAUUCAUGGCUAGCUGAGCUGGCUGGGGAGCGUCUCAUGGCUGCUACAUCCUGCCGCAGCCUCCAUCUGUACAAUAUCAGUGAUGGCCGAGGGAAAGUUGGAACAUUUGGUAUCUUCAAAUCUGUGUACAGACUUGGCGAGGAUGUGGUGGGGACCUUAAACUUAGGGGAAGGAACCGUAGCUUGUUUGCAGUUUUCAGUAAGCUUACAGACUGAGGAACGUGUACAGCCUGAGUACCAGCGGCGCCGUGGGGCAGGAGGUGUCCCCUCUGUGUCUCAUGUGACCCACGCCCGGCACCAGGAGUCCUGCCUACAUACAACCAGAACCAGCUUCUCCCUCCCCAUCCCUCUCAGCUGCACCCCAGGCUUCUGCACAGCUAUUGUGUCCCUGAAGUGGCGACUCCAUUUUGAAUUUGUAACAUCUCGAGAACCAGGAUUGGUACUCCUACCCCCUGUGGAGCAGCCUGAACCUGCCACUUGGACAGGUCCUGAGCAAGUGCCUGUAGACACCUUCAGCUGGGACCUCCCCAUCAAGGUGCUGCCUACAAGCCCCACCCUGGCCUCAUAUGCUGCCCCAGGCCCCAGCACCAGCACCAUAACCAUCUGAAACUGGCCCACUUGCCCACCAUUGGCACUAGUUUCUUCAUGAUGCUGAGAGCUCAGCACUUGGACUCUAGUAGGGCCCACUUUUUCCACGUGGGGCCCAGUGGCAUGGACAAUGAGAGGCAGGCUUUCAACUGUAGCAUUAAUUUAUUUAUUCAGAAUAAACUGGCAGCUGCUAGUGGUUUCCCUGGAA